GUUGGGGGCGGGGCGGGCUGGGGGGAAACAGGUGUCUGCGUUUUCUAACUUAGGUAUGCAACAGCUUUGGUGUGGAGUUUGUGCUUUGGACAUUUUUUUCGUGUCUGCACUAUAUUCGGUUCUUUCCUUUCCUUUCCUUUUCCUAGUCUUUUGCUUGUGGAGCCGGGCGGGGGCCGGAAGGGGUGCGGGCCGCGAGGGGCGAGGUGGCGGAUAUAAAAUGGAAUUGGAAUGGACAGGACGGCGGCGGGGGAUGGAUACGGACGGGGCGGGUUUAUUUGUCGUGUUGGGCGGUGCUGGGCGGGGGGUGUUGCUUGCUUUGCUUGGGUUUUUUUUUUGUUCUGUGCUUGUCCACUGUCUUUCUCUUCUCUUCCUGCUUUAUGAUUGCUUGUUACUGUUUUGUUUUGCUGUGUUUUUGUUGUCUUGUUCUUUUGGUGACUUCCGUCGCUCUGUCCGAAAAGCUAACAUCGUCCUUCACGUUCAUGUUCUCGUCCACCCUUGGUCUUGGGCUUCCUUCGUCUUCGACGAUGGACGUGCUUGGAGUUGGGUGGUUCGGUGGACGGUGAUGGUGGUGGUGGACGACGGUGGCGGCGGUAGAUUCGUGGGUUCGGUCAUUUCUGUGUAUAGGGAGUUGCGGUUGAGGGUUGAGGGUGGAUGGGGAGGGAAGGGUGUUGUGGAGAGGUGUGUAGGGGCGUGAGAGUGGAUGAGUGGGUGAGAGUGGUGGUGUUGCUGGAGGUGGUGGUAGUGGUGCUGGUGAAGGAGGAGGUCUGGGUGCGAUAAAAUACACUCUGUCUCUUCGAAG